UAAUUUAAUAACUAAAUAUCACUGAUAUAGUUGUAUUAAAACUAUUGUUAUUAUUAUUAAUAUGAUUAACAAUUAUCACUAUUUAGUGUUAUUGUUGUCCAGCACUGUGUUGUUGUUGGUGUUGUUGUCGGGCACUGGUAUGUAUGCCGUCCUAAUCAAUGAAGAUUUGGACAAUGAAAUCGACAAUUUGUUGGCCGAUAACGACCGCAUGGCUCUACCCUAUCGCCGAUUACCCGAAUCGCUCGAUAGUUUUCAAUACGAGAUUUGCAAUGUCUUUUAUCAAAAAGAGCUAAAAAUUGCCGAUUAUUUGUCCCAUAAAUAUCAUUAUAACCGACACUUGCGUGUAAUGGCCGCCAAUAUGUCGCUGACACGGAUGCGUAUUUGGGAUAAAUAUUGUAAAUAUGAUAUAAAUUUUAUGAUCAAUAUAUUUAAAACACUCAACCGAUUGCUAAUUAAAACCAAAGAGUAUACAAAAUAUGCCUUUCAAGUCAUACAGAUGGCCAGUCAACCCGAUUCGGGUAUUACUAUACCCGAUAUUAUGUGUAUAUCCGAUAACUAUUACGACAAACUAACCAAUGCGUUCAACCAAACAGAUCAUCGGGACUUAUCCAUCAAAAUCAAUAAAGAUAUGUCCGACGCAUGGAUGCCAUACCUGAGCACAGUAUUGAAUCUUAACAACAAUAACAAUAGGUUGACUACUAGUACUAGUGAUUGUAGACCAUUGAACAUAACCUAUGAACCCGUAGUCAGACCCCGGGUUUCCAGACAAAUGGGUUUGUUUGACGCUUUGAAUGUAUUAAUAAAAGUCUAA